UGUACAAUGUAUGGAGAUUGUGGGCCCUCCGAAGCAGGGUCCUCUAAACAUCUCAACUGUAAAUAUAAUGGACCAGCAAAACCGCUUACAGAUCCAGAUGGACUCAAAAUCCUUGAGACAUAUUGUCCUGAAUUAGUAACAGGUAACAAUACUUUAACAUGCUGUGAUACAACCCAACUCCGUACACUGCAGGCUAAUUUAGGUGUACCUCAGCAGAUGUUACUAAGAUGUCCAUCUUGUUUCCGAAAUUUUCUUAAUCUCUACUGUUAUACAACAUGCAGUCCAAACCAAAAUAAUUAUGUCACCAUUGAUAACGUACAGCCUGAUAUUCCAACUGGUAAAAAAGAGGCAGCAGUCGCCACCCAUUAUUAUAUCUCGGAAAAUUUUGCCAUCGGUAUGUUUAAUUCUUGUAAAGAUGUGCAGAUGCCAAGUGCCAAUCAGAAAGCAUUGAACAUUCUAUGUGGAAACACAGCCGCAGAGUGCACACCUCAGAAAUGGCUGGAUUUCAUGGGUGAUACAUCAAAUGGACAGACGCCUUUCAGAAUCACGUUUGUUAUUGGAAACAGUGCCACACCCCCUCCAGGAACGAACGUAACCUUACACCCAAUGGAUGCCAGGUCAUCAAAAUGUAGUGAGGGAGCUUUCAACAAAUCAGCAUGUAGCUGUCAGGAUUGUGCAGCAUCGUGUGCACCUAUUCCAUCCCCGCCACCGACAGAAAAUGAACUGACUAUUAUGGGUUUGGAUACUUGGUAUUUCGUAAUGGGAUUAUUAUACAUAGUAUUUCUAAUAGUUUUUUUCAUGUCAUACAUUGUUUGUUACUAUCUUUGUGAACCAGACCAGGGAAGAAAUUCCUUUACAACACCAACAAAACAUAAUUCUGAGGCAAUUGUUCAACUGUCAGAUAUAAGUUUUAUGGAAAAGCUUGGCGCAGCAAUGGAGCGAUUUUUACAGAGGACAUUUACCAGAUGGGGCACCUGUUGUGCUAGGCAUCCAGUUCUAGUGAUAGUACUUGGUGUUAUCAUUGCUGGAGGCCUGUCUGCUGGUAUUGCUUUGUUCAAGGUUACGACCAACCCAGUAGAGCUUUGGUCUUCAAAGAAUAGUAGAGCUAGGCAAGAGAAAGAUUACUUUGAUUCACAUUUUGGACCAUUUUACAGAACAGAACAGUUAAUCAUAACCAGGCCAAACAAUGAUACAAAAUACAAACAUCCUUUACCUCCGCCAGCUCCAUCAUCAGCUUACGUCAACUACAGUAAUCUAUUCGAUAAAGAUUUCUUGCAUAUGCUUCUAGAUAUGCAGCUUGAGAUUGAGGCUUUGACAGCAACAUAUAACAAUAAGACGGUAAAAUUAGAAGACAUCUGUUUUAAACCACUGGCUCCCGACAAUAAUAAAUGUUCAACACAGAGUGUGUUAGAAUACUGGCAGAAAAACCAUACCACCCUUGACAAAGUUAUAAUGGAUGAAUGGGGAUAUACUGUAAUGGCAGAUUUUAUAGACCAUUUUGAAUACUGUGUGAGUGCUCCUGCUUCAACACAAGACACCAAAGGAUUGAAUAUAUCUUGUCUGGCAGUAGACUCUGCACCCAUUUUCCCCUGGGUAGUGAUGGGAGGAUAUGAUGGUACAAAUUAUAAGAAUUCUACAGCUUUUGUCAUAACUUUUCUGGUAAAUAACCACUUAAAAGAUGAAGACAACGAAAAAGCUAAAGCUUGGGAAAAGGUGUUGAUAGCAUACCUACAAAGUAAACAGGAUCAUCCCAAUAUGACUAUUUCAUUCAGUACAGAGAGAUCUAUAGAGGAUGAGUUGAACAGGGAAAGUCAGUCUGAUGUCUUAACAAUUCUUAUCAGCUACCUGAUUAUGUUUGGAUAUAUAACCCUCACCCUCGGGCAAUAUGGGUCAUGUGACAAUCCUGCAAGACUAUUGAUUGAUUCCAAGAUAACAUUAGGUUUAGCAGGAGUUACAAUUGUACUAUUAUCAGUAGCUGCCUCCCUUGGGACCUAUAGUUACUUUGGAAUACCAGCAACACUUAUCAUCAUAGAAGUUGUACCAUUCUUAGUCCUGGCUGUCGGUGUGGACAACAUCUUUAUUUUAGUUCAAACUUAUCAGAGAGAUACAAGACUGCCAGAUGAGAGUUUAGAAGAACAGAUCGGUAGAAUAGUUGGUAGAGUUGGUCCAAGCAUGUUGUUAAGUAGCUCAGCCGAAUCCAUUGCUUUCUUCUUAGGUGCUCUAACAGACAUGCCAGCAGUUAGAGUUUUCUCCCUUUAUGCGGCUCUGGCGGUUUUGUUUGACUUCCUGCUUCAGAUAACAGUAUUUAUUGGACUAAUGACACUGGAUGCCAAACGACAGGAGGAUUCAAGAUAUGACGUAAUUUGCUGUGCUAAGCUUUCCCGUAGUAAACUGGAGAAACAGGAAGGAUGGCUAUUUUAUUUGACCAAGAAUUUUUAUGCUCCAUUCGUUUUGCAUAUUUUUGUUCGACCAUUUAUUGUUGUAGUUUUCACCCUGUACUUCUUUGGCAGUGUAGCUGUUCUACAUAAAAUUGGUGUUGGUCUUGACCAGAAGCUCUCUAUGCCUGAUGAUUCCUAUGUACUAGACUACUUCGGUAAUUUGUCUGAGUACCUCCAUGUUGGUCCGCCUGUAUACUAUGUUGUUAGAGAAGGACACAACUAUACAUCUUUAGCUGGUGAAAAUGCUCUGUGUGGAGGUAACGGUUGUCCUCAGGAAUCUCUGGUCGGUCAGAUCUACACUGCCAGUAAACAAGCUAACUAUACAUAUAUAGCCCAGCCAACAUCUUCUUGGAUAGAUGACUUCUUUGAUUGGUUGUCACCUGGAGGGAAUCCUCCCUGUUGUAGACUGUUCAAUAAUGGUAGUUUCUGUACUGCCACUGAACCAGUUAAUAUAAAUUUGAGUUCAGUAUGUCCAGUGAAAACUUUACCAAAUGGUCGACCUUCAGUGGAUGAUUUCAGGAAAUAUUUACCAAUGUUUUUAAAAGAUAAUCCAGGAGUUAAGUGCUCAAAAGGAGGACAUGCAGCUUAUGGUAGUGGUGUAAACCUGAUAAAAAAUAACUCAAAUGUUGGAGCAACGUACUUUAUGACAUACCAUAACAUACUGAAGACGAGUGCUGAUUACAUCAAAGCUUUGAAGGAAGCCAGGACCAUAGGAGAUAACAUCACAAAAACAAUGCAGUUAACACAAUCAAACAGUAGUGUCUUCCCAUAUAGUAUUUUCUAUGUUUACUAUGAGCAGUACCUGACCGUUGUUGAUGACACAAUAUUAAAUCUGGGACUAUGUCUUGUAGCCAUCUUUGUUGUCACUUUCAUUCUUCUCGGAUUUGACUUUAUUUCUGCAUUGUUAGUAGUACUGACUGUUCUCAUGAUCGUGAUAGAUAUAUGUGGUAUGAUGUAUUUGUGGGAGAUUGACCUCAACGCUGUGACACUGGUCAAUCUUGUUAUGGCUGUUGGUAUAGCUGUAGAGUUUUGUGCUCACAUUGUAAGAGCUUUUGCUGUCAGUCUGAAACCAAACAGAAAAAAACGAGCUGAAGAGGCUCUGGCUAAUAUGGGCAGCUCAGUAUUUAGUGGUAUAACCUUAACAAAACUAGGAGGAAUUAUAGUUUUAGCAUUUGCUAAGUCACAGCUAUUCCAAGUAUUUUACUUCAGAAUGUAUUUAGGAAUGGUAGUAUUUGGUGCGUCACAUGGUCUUAUUUUCUUACCAGUAUUACUCAGUUAUAUAGGUCCACCGUUGAACAAAGCCAAACUAUAUGAGGAACAACAAAAGAAUAAGUCAAAUUUCAUAGACUCCAGUGGCAAAGAAUAUGAUGAGCCAAAUAUUCACUCGUCACAACAAAAUUUAGUGUCUGACAAUCCACCAGACUAUCGGACUGUGUCAGGAAAUAACACUAGUGAACACAAUGCUUAUGAAAAUGGUGGAUUUAAACAAACAGAAAUUGAAAAUCAUAUGCUUCCUUCUACAAGAUUGUAAUAGUGAUGUACAAACUGUUUCUGAGCUUCCAUACCGUUGGCCAUUAAAGAAUAUGAUGAAAAAUAAGAGUUGUCUAGUAGUUUAAGUGCAGGGGCGGAUUCAGGCAGGGGCAUGGCGGGCGUGCGCCCCCCUAAAAUUUGCAAAGCAUGGGUUGUCCUCAGCUUAAUAAAGAAUAUUUCGAUAAUUUUAUCUCAAAAAAAUUUAAGUUUGCACCCCUCUAACCUCAAAUACUGGAUCCGCCCCUGAAGUCUGUGUCAUUUGGAACAUACUUUGACUCUUAUCAAUGCUGGAUAUUAAAAGGUGCUAUUUAAUUGAAUCUGCAUGUAGUCUGAGGAAAUUUAUUAGUUUUUGACGGAACAAUUUUGAGUAUUUUUUGGUGCAUUUAAUUUUAAGUUUUCAUUUAAAUGACAUAUAUAAAUAGAUAAUAAGGAAUUCAGAAAUGGAAAAAAUUACAAGUUACAUACAAAUGCCAGUUAUAUGAACAAAAUGCCAGUCAUAUGUGAUAUUUUAUUGUAAAUCAUAAGCAUUGUAAAUAAUAUCCAUUUUCUAUUUAUUAAUUUUUCUAUUCAUUGUACAUUUCACCAUUGAGAUCUCCUCAGACAUAUACGUUUAUAUUUCUAUGACAUACAAAUCCAUCAGCUUGAAUAAAAUUGCCAUUUGAGAAUCUAAAAGACUAUAGAUAAUUCAUGUCAACAGAAUGAACGGUUUCAGAAUCUAAUGCAUUCUGGGUAAAAUUUUCAAAAACAAAAAUACUGUCACAUCAUUGGUUGCUCUUCAAUUGAUUGGGAAAUUUGUGAACUAGUAAUCACAAUAUUUUGUUGUAUGCUUUUGAAAAUAUUACCCAGAAUGCAUUAGAUUCUGAAACAGUUAAUUAUGUUGACCUUCACAUCUUAACUUUUUUGUUUCACAGGUAUAUACUCAAUAAGGUUAAAACAUAUAUUGUAGUCAUAUCUUUUACAAUUUUCAUUAAACUUGCACCAUAAUGGUGAAUGGUUGUUAAUUGUUACAUGUGAUAGUUGUUGACUGUUAUGCUAAUGAUCUAAUGUAAUGGAAAAUUUCUCUGCCAAAGGGAGGUAACUUCUUUUUGCACAAAUAAGAAAUGUAUUCCAGUUUAAAAUUAUCAUGAUAUUACUAUUUUUUCAAUUUUUGGUAUAUUUUACCUGUUUUUUUUAAAGAAAAAAUGUAUAAUUAAUUGCAAUGAAUUAUUAGGUUGGUAUAGUGUUUCAGCCCUAGUAUUGUAUCUUAUUUUUUUCUGAGAUUAAUACUUAAAAGAAUUUCUCUUUUUUCUCUAAGGUAGCUUAUUUGAUUGCUUAAGUGAACUGAGAUUAACCAUCUGUAACAAAGACAUAUUUGUAUAUUGAAGCUCAAUUGUUUGUAGUUUUUUAUUGUAAAAAUGUCACCAAAAUAUAAUUUUCAAUUGACAUAACUAUAGUAAGAGUUAUUGCCCUUUGCUUCCAAGUUGGAGGUUACCAUGCACAAAUUCCUUCAUAAAUCGAAUGAUCUGGCUGCUGGAAUUUAGAAAAAGUUGUUUUCUUGACAAUUAUAAUCUGUAAAAAAAAAGUGUUUAUCUCAUCACUACCAUCUAGUCUAUGACUAUAUAAUUAGACACCUUGUUUUUAUGCCACACCUAGGGGCAUUAUGUUUUUCAAUCUGUGCAUCUGUUCGUCCGUCCGUCCGUCUGUCCCGCUUCAGGUUAAACUUUUUGGUCAAGGUAGUUUUUGAUGAAGUUGAAGUCCAAACAACUUGAAACUUAGUACACAUGUUCCCUAUGAUAUGAUGUUUCUAAUUUUAAUGCCAAUAAGAGUUUAGACUCCAAUUUCACGGUCCACUGAACAUAGAAAAUGAAAGUGCAAGUGGGGCAUCUGUGGACACAUUCUUGUUAUUUAGUUAGUCAAAUAAGAAAAUCAUCUAGUUUCACCUUCAACAUGGUGGCCAAGGGAAGUAACUCAACUUCAAAUUCAUGUUUGUUUUGUACAUAAUUGCAUAAUCUGCAUCAUCUUUUAUCUGUGAUAUUUAUUAAAUUUCAUGUAGAACAUUCAAUGUUACCUGCGU